UUUGGGAAACAAGGAGUUAUGUAAAAUGAUUUGUCAUAUGAAACAUAUCUUUGUGUGGAUUUUUCUCAUACCCCAACCAACAGAUGGCGGAAGUGUGACAUGGCAUGAACCUACUCCCGCUUGGACAACAUCAGAUCCAGCUGAAUUACUUCCUCCUGGCAUUAUACAGGUUUAUGACGGAUCUUCUGUCAUGCUGAACUGGAACUACAGUCUGACGCAAGGUCUAGUUUUUGGUGCCAUAAAAUUCAACAGUGAUCGUAUAUUCAUUAUUCAAGGGGAUGGUUCAGCUGGUCCUCUUACAGCUCAAUUUCAGAAACGGUUCAAUGUAAGCUCAACCUCAGGAAGAGCUUCUCUGUUUAUCUCUCCUGUGACUGUUGCUGACGAUAAGUCUUUGGGAGAAUUUAGGUGUGAGUUAAUUGACUCCACUGCUACUACUUGGAAACGUGCAAUUCAAGUGCAAGUCAUAGUUCCAACAUAUAUCACUAGAAUUAGAGGUAACCGAACCGUUCUUGAAGGUGACAACAUUAAAUUAACCUGUAAAGCAACAGGUCGACCAGAACCAAACAUCACUUGGACCAAAGAGAAGCUCGGGAACCAAGGAUAUACUGUUGUGGUGCAAGAAGGAAAGGUGCUGACCAUAACAAACAUCAACAGGAUUGAUGCAGGAGAAUAUACCUGUACAGCAUAUAAUGGCUUUGGUAAACCAGAGAAUCAAACAGUUUAUGUGGCUGUUACUUAUCCAGCCAAGAUUGGUACAUUUCAACAUGAGUAUAUUGCUGAUCUACAACAAAGUGUAACUUUUAAGUGUGAAGCAGAAGGAAACCCUCCACCUACUUACACUUGGACUCCAUGUGACCCAGAACAAGUUUGUAACAAGAAUACACUUCAAAUUUCACAAGUCCUUAAUGAUGCCAACUAUACCUGCAGAGUGGCCAAUCUGUAUGGAGAUGAUUCAAAAACUGCCAAUGUUUACAUUGGAGGAAUUGUGAUUAACAUAACUAUUGUCAUCACCAGUGAAACAUGCAUAGAUGGAAAAUACAACCAAUCCUUAUUACUGGAGAAAUUUAAAGAACUGCUUGAGGAGGCUUUUUCUGAUAAACUUGGCUAUGAAGGAGUGCAGUUGAUAGGUGUGAGGUGUGGAAGUAUCAUUGUUGACCUUGGACUGAAAUUCAACUCCACUACAAAGGAACAAGAUGUUAUCAUAACACUUAAUGAUGCUGUGAAAGAUGGAAAGCUGGGAGAGUUCAGUGUUGGUGCCAUAAAAGGGAAAAGACCUGAUGUAGAACCAACAGGUAGAGGUGCCACAUCACCAGUUAAUGGGGGUACCAUAGGUAUUGUUCUUGGUGCAGUAUUUGGAUCAAUUGUUGCACUGGCUGUUGCUGGAAUAUUAGUUUGGUGGACUUGCAGGAAAAUGAGGUGCAACAGGAAAGGCACUAAAGAGGUGGCGGUGAGCAGAAGAACAUUUGGAAAUUCAAGUAAUGAAACAGGCGGAAGUACAGAUAUUGCAGUCGAAUUGCUUAAACCUUCUCAAAGCCAUUACAUAGCACUGGAUGACAGAACUCGUUCACGAGUGAUGGCAGAUGCCAGUCCACUCAGCACUGAACAAAUCAGCGAGUACGCUUCUCUUAAUCCAUACGCACGCUCCUGGGAGAUUCCUAGAGAACAUGUGACGAUAAAGCAGAUAGUUGGAAAAGGUGCUUUUGGUCAGGUUGCCAAGGCAACAGCCGUAAAUCUACAAGGAAGAGCCGAGAAGACGCUCGUAGCAGUCAAAAUGUUGAAAGAAAACGCUUCUGAAUCAGAGAGGAAGGAUUUGCUGUCUGAACUUGAAUUGAUGAAACAACUUAAACCUCAUCAUUACGUUAUCAAACUUUUGGGAUGCGUUACCAAGUCUGAGCCACUGUUUGUGCUGAUCGAAUAUGUUCCUUUUGGGGAUCUGCUGGGUUACCUGAGAAAGAGCCGUGGUUUGAAUGAUACUUACUACAAAGACCCGGAUAUCAAACCACAAACAAAUCUGACCUCACAACAGCUGAUUAAAUUUGCUUGGCAAAUCGCUGAUGGAAUGUCUUAUUUGUCAUCGAUACCAGUUAUUCAUAGAGAUCUUGCAGCUCGUAAUGUGUUGGUUGGAGAGGAGGAAACAUGCAAAGUGACAGACUUUGGAAUGGCCAGAGAUGUGCAGGAGGACAAUAUUUAUGAAAGAAAAACCAGGGUAUGAAUAAUUUUAAGAAAACAUAUAAUGUUCUCCCAAGUCUUUGAUUGUGUGUCUUAAGAUGCCUCACUGGAGUGACUGCUCAAAGAAAAAAUCUCAGUAAAUCCUGUCCCGUUUUCCAGAACUUUCGUUACAGUGUUGUCGCCAUUGGGAGCAUUAGUAAUUUUUAAGGACUACGCUAACUCCUCGCAUUUUUGCUUCUUAUUCAGG